GUAAGGGCUGGCAUAAUGGAAAGGAGAGCAGGGGGAGAGAAAGUUGUAUUUUUGAACUGUGUUUCUCCAGGGUCCCCUUCACUCCUGAGCACACUGAGAGAGCGGGGACCAGGAGGACCAGUCUCUCUGAUCAGGCAACUGUGAAGAUCCCUCCCUGCUUCGUGAAAAUGCGUCUGGGGACCGUAAUCCUCCUGUCUGCCCUGCUUCCACUCUCUGUCGCCCUUGGAUGGGACCCUCUGGGCUGGCUGUUUCACCGUCACCGCCAAGAACAGUAUGUUGGCUCCCUGCAGGCAGCUCCAGCAGAUGGGGCCUGUCCCGAGGAGUGUGACUGCCCCCCGACCUUUCCCGUGGCCAUGUACUGUGAUGGGCGUGGCCUGACAGCUAUUCCAUCCAUUCCCUCCCGCAUCAAGUACCUGUACCUCCAAGGCAACGCCAUCUCAGCUGUGCCCGAGUUAGCUCUGGUCAACGCAACUAAUUUGGUGUGGCUCUUUCUGCAUCACAAUCAGCUGACGUCUGAUGCCAUCGGCAAGGAGGCAUUCUCAAAGCUGGAAGGACUGGAGCGUUUAUUUCUUCACCACAAUAACUUGACCAGCAUCCCACCAAACCUUCCUCGCUCCCUGCGGGACCUGAGGAUCGACCACAACAGGAUUGAAAAGGUGAUCCCAACAGAUCUUGAAGGAAUGGAUAACCUCACCAUCCUGCAUCUUCAUGAUAAUGCUGUUGCAGACUUUGGCACGUCACUGAAGGCUCUGAAAUCCCUCACACUGCUGGACAUCAGCAACAACAAGUUAAUGAAGGUUCCAGAUGCUCUUCCUGAACAUUUGCACCAGCUCUACCUGGAGUUCAACUCCAUUGACUCUCUACCCGAGGGUUUCCUGGGAGGAUUAGCUCAGCUGCAGUAUGUAAGGAUGGCCCACAAUCAGCUGACAGACAAGGGAAUCCCGUCCAACACCUUUAAUGUGACCGGACUGGUGGAGCUGGACCUGAGCUUCAACAAACUAGAGAGAAUCCCCACCGUCAGCACCACACUGCAGCAUCUGUACCUGCAAGCCAAUCAGAUCAAAGAGUUCACUCUGGGAAGUUUCUGCGCCGUCGUGGACGUGACAAAUUUCUCCAGACUGCAAACGCUGCGACUGGAUGGGAACGAGAUCAGUCAGGAGGACAUCCCUACAGAGUCUGCCCUCUGUCUGCGUGUGGCUUCAAGCAUCCAGAUCUAGCCGAGUCUCUGCAAAGUUGGGCCACUAGUCAGUGAUAUGAUGUGGUGUGAUGUUACACACACAACUGUGAUUAUUGUUCAAAUGUGAAAACAGGUAUUUCUUCAGUAUUACACCACAUUAAGGGACAGAAAACAUUUGGUUAAGAACAGUCAGUUCAUUAUGAUUACAUGUUGUAUUCAAAAAAACUAAUUAGAAGCCUUAAUAUAUUGUAUAUUGUACGAUACCUCUGGGACCAUGAUCCAUUGUUGUUAUGAGGAUUAUUGACUUUAAAACCCUUUUAUUUAGUUUUUUAUUUCUGUUUUUCUUUAUGCGUGUUGUCCUAUAUUUCUCUUUGUUUACCUUGUUAACUCUGACUUUUAUAAUAUACCCUCCUGAUCAAAAUCUUAAGACUAGGAAAAAGUUACAAGUAUUCACAUUUAAAUCUUUUCAUUGGUUGAUUAUAGCCAGGGUUUGAGUCAAACUCUAAAUUACAUGAGAAAAACUAAAAAUAUGCAGAGGGGGUAAAGGGCAGGUAAAAAAAGCAGGUAAAACAAUAACCAAAAAUGAACACAAUUGAUUUAAAAAAAAAAACACUAAAAUUGAGCAAAGUAUGGCUUAGUGGGGCCCUUGUUGCUCCCUACAAAAAUGUAUUUUAGACUUGCUUGAUGUCAUUGUUUCCAGUCGGCUGGUAGGGGGAUGACACGAAACACAGAUUUAAACAUAGAUUUAGUAUUUUUAUGGCCCCUAACUUUUGAUGAGCAGAUACUCAGCCCAUUUGAGUGUAUUUUCAAUUAUUUUCCUACUCUCUUUGUGUGUCACUUGCUCCUGUUUCUCCUGUUUCUUCUUGCACUUUGAAAAUCCACUUAAAACCUGGUUAAGAUCCAUCAGGAAAAAAAAGUGAAGUUAUAAUUUCUGCCCAACCUGAAUAUUUUUGAUCAGGAGUGUAUUCAAGACUAUGUGAAGUAUCCAAAUACACUAUAAAAGUAAUAUGUACCUAAGAAUAACAUGACACUUGACUACAAUGUUUGGUGCAUAUAUUUAGUAUAAAGAUAAAAAAAACUGUAGCUACAAGGUUUAUAACGGUAUGUAUCAGUAACUGAUAGUAUUCUAUUGACUAAUUUUGUACAAGAGACAAACAAAUAAAAGACGUGCAUUUUUUUUUUAAAUGGUCAGGUGCUUUUUUGGGAAAUUGAUGUUUAUAUUUUGGGCUGUUUGGCUGACACAGCUUAUAUGACCUUUAACCCACAUCGGUGGAUUGUGGUAUCUGCCAUCGACCAAAUAAUGAAUGUUGAUGCAUUGUUGCAUUAGGGCCAAUCCCUGGAUGAACAGCAAACCAGUCAGACGUCUCGUAAGAUCUAUUUUUAAGGUAUUAACAAUGAUGCUCUGUCAUAAGUGGACACACCAGCCGACUGUCACAAAAGUUUUAGUGGUGAACGUAGGAUUUAGUGCCUCUGACUAGAUGACGCAGGCCAUGCCAAAGUUUUCUUACACCUUGAACAUUUUUUUUAAUUUUCCCACAUUACUUCAGACUUCUAUGUAUUUUUGUAGAGUUUAUGUGACCAACCAACACAAAGUACAACAUAAUUUUGAAGUGUAUGGAAAAAGAGUCACAGUUUUUCUUAUCUGCAAAUAAAAAUAUCAAAAGUA